AUGACGGUAGUCUCUGAGUUUCUUCUUUUAGGAUUUCAAAUCAGUCAAAGUUUAAAAAUAUCCCUGUUCUGUCUCCUCCUGGUGGCUUACUGUGGGACAAUGUGUGGGAAUCUCCUGAUCAUCACCCUGGUGUCCACCUGCAAGAAUCUCCACUCUCCAAUGUACUUCUUCAUCUUGCAGCUGUCCAUCAGCGACAUAUUGUUACCCACUGAUAUUGUCCCCAACUUGCUCCACAUCCUACGGAAUAAUGGCCAGACCAUUACUUUUAACAACUGCAUCUUUCAGCUUUAUGUCUUCUGUGCCUCAGAAACUUUAGAAUGUCUUCUUCUCACGGUGAUGUCUUAUGACAGAUAUGUGGCCAUCUGUAAUCCCCUCCGUUACACCUCUAUCAUGACAAGUGCCCAUUGUGUGAUAUUGUCCUUCUUCUCUUGGAUAUUUGGAUGCUUUUUUAUUUUGACUUACAUCAUAACUGUGGCAAAACUACAUUUUUGUGGACCAAAUAUCAUUGACCAUUUAUUCUGUGACAUCGUCCCAUUACUAAAACUUUCUUGUUCUGAUACCUUUAUUCUUCAACUAGAGAUUUAUUUACUAAGUAUUCCAAAUGUAAUAAUACCAACCACAAUCAUUAUCAUUUCUUAUGCUUACAUUGGUUUAGAAAUUUGGAGAAUCCCAUCCAGUACUGGUAGACAGAAAGCCUUCUCCACCUGUAGCUCCCACCUCAUUGUGGUCUCCAUAUUUUAUGGGACUUUAUUCAGUGUUUAUAUUGUCCCAAUAAAAGGGAAAACACUAACAAUAAGCAAAAUCCUCUCCCUGCUGUAUACUGUAUUUACUCCUUUGAUCAACCCCAUUAUAUACAGCCUGAGAAAUAAAGACAUUAGAAAAGCCAUACAAGAAAUAAUUAAUAAACAUGAGAUAUGGUAA